ACAAAUGAAAACAAAAAGACCGCGAAACAUUUCCCGUGGAAAUUUGUUUAUUCUUUUACGCAUUAUUUUACUUUAAUGUUAUCCAUUAGUGACCAUUUUCAAGUACUGACAUUGGAAGCUAAGUCUUCUUAUAUUCAAGCAAAUUAUGAAGGUUUUCGUUCUACCAAAAUUUCUGUGGUAAGGCACAAUGGCAGCGUUUCAAAGUCCACGACCAACGCCACACUUUUUUCCGGAGGUCCAGACUUUCUCUACUAAAAAGGCAAGAUUUUGCGCCAGAGGAACACCAAGAGAUCAGCUUCCUCCUAGACCACCUGUGAAGAGUGCCCCACCAGUGAGUCGCAUAUUUCCUCAUAGACCAGUGACCAGAGCACAGAUUGUCUCAUUCAGAAGUUCAAAGACGAAUGAUUCUAUAUUGAGUCCUGGAUAUAAUCAACACAGCCGAGAUCUCUACUUCAACCAGUGUUUUCAGGUUAUAUCACAGCUAGGAGCUGGCUCAUUUGGAGAGGUUUACAAAGUUAAAAGUAAAGAAGAUUCUAAGUUUUAUGCAGUGAAAAAAUCUCGGGACAGAUUCAGGGGACAGUCAGAUAGGAGACGUAAACUUGAAGAAGUUGCUAAACAAGAGAAGUUACCACAACAUCCAAACUGCGUGAGGAUAUACAAAGCAUGGGAGGAGAGGCAGCACCUCUAUCUGUUGGUGGAACUAUGUAAAACUAGUUUGAGUAACUAUGCUGAGGCUCACCAUGAUAUAAGUGAACAAACCAUCUGGAAUUUUCUUGUAGACCUUCUACAGGCUGUGAAACACCUUCAUGACAACAACUUGAUACACAUGGAUAUAAAACCAGAUAACAUCUUUAUCUCAUAUGAUGGUAUCUGUAAACUGGGUGACUUUGGACUUGUCAUAGACCUUUCAAAGGGCAAUGAUUUCUCAGAGGCCCAGGAAGGUGAUCCUAAAUACUUGGCCCCAGAAUUGAUGGAUGGAAAGUUUAGCAAGGCAGCAGAUAUAUUCAGCUUAGGAAUGACCGUGCUAGAGUUAGCAAGUGACCUUGACCUACCUAGGGGUGGAGAUGGAUGGCAUGUUCUCAGACGUGGCCAGCUUCCAGAUGAAUUUCUUAGAGAUAAAUCGUUCGAUUUGAAAUAUGUGAUACGUCAGAUGUUGGAUCCUGUACCUAGUCACCGGCCAACAGCUGAUCAGUGUCUAGCUUUCCCUUAUGUUAGAAAGGUAUUGAAGAAAAGAAGACGGGAAUAUAUGCUUAAAAGUGCUAUAUCAACUGUAAAGUCCUCAAUGUACCGACUGUGGGAGUGGAUAUUACUGCUGCUGACUGUGUUCACAAUUCCUUACAGUAAACUACGUAACAGACACAGAAAAUCAACACAUUCUAGUAGUGUUACAUCUAGCCUCGAUACUUCGGGGCUUGAUCAUAGUCUUUCAGAUGAUGAGUUGUUUUUGAAUGAUGUUAGUAUAAACAACAACUCGAUUGGUGCUCCAUUUGAUACGUCGUCCUCAGAGAACAGUUUUCAAGAUGAUAUUCCUCUCAAACCUCCCAUACGGAAUGCAUUCACAACACCAGCCUUACGUAAUAGACAUUACAGUCACAUCCCAUCUCCAAUGAGCUCUUCACCCGUUGGCAGAGUUUCCAGAGAUGCAUCGAUGCAUUCUGCCAGUCCCAUACAUCAUCAGCAUGAGGACAGUAUGAUGAGCAGUAGUCUCAGCUGGAGUGAGGACGAGAGACCUGUCACACCGACGUACCACCUUAAUGCUGAUACAGACGAUAUCGUUACUAAUAAAUCAAAUAUUGAACCUAAAAACCUGCUUGGGAUGUUCGAUGCGGCCAGUGAUGAGGAAGACUAAACUUUAAUUUAGAAUGGCACACAAGUUUGUUCAGUCUGUAUUGUUAAGGUGUUUCUCCACAGAUUAGAUUACACACUAUAUGCCAGAUUAGUUACUUGUUUUUGGAAAAAAGAAAACCAUAUGUGUUCAUGUCAAUUUAUGCAAUAUAUGUUCUGUUUUGAAAUCGUUUAAUGACGUGUAAUACGUGUACAUUUUGUCUUGUCAAUCACUGGUUUGUUUACCAUUAUAAGGAUGAAGGAUACUCGCACCUUAAUGUGUUCAAUAUUUUUCUAUUGUAAGAUGCCAUAUUACAGUUCCAUUUUAUAAAUAUGAAAUUUCGUGUUCGUUUAUAUUUAAUAAUUUACAUUCUUGUUUCAUAAUGCAGUAAAGUUGCAAAAGAAACAAACAUUUUUUUAUUAAAUUUUCAACUUUUUGUUUUUUUGGAGGCUUGGCAGCAUUAAUUUCUAUUAUUUGGAUGUAAAGUGUUUCACAAAAUUUUGCUAGUAGUGGAUAAUGUAACAGUAAGGGUGUUUUAUAGUUAACAUUCUGAAAUGAAAAAAAAAAAAACAUGCACAGUUUCAUUAAAACAUGGAUGUAUUGAUGUCAAAUCAGCCUAUUAUUUGGCAUUGUACAGCCGCUGAGAAAAGUGCUACCACAUUUGAUCUACUAUUUUAUAAAUAUAAAGAUAUUUCAGAAUUGAAAUGGUGUGACUCUCAAUCAUAGGGCAAGCAGAAUAACUUUCUAGAUGUCUACACACCGUUAAGGUAUUUGGUUGGAUGUGUUAUAUCUGUUGAAACAUGUUUAGGCCUUGACAUAACAUCAGCCUGCAAUAUUUAAUGCUAUACAUUUGCCAUGAAAUAGUGUUUCCCUAUUUCGUCCACUUGUUUACAUGAAAGAUAUAUUACAGUCGAAAUGAAAUACAGCAGGAACAUGUUUUAAUAUAUAUACUCGAGAUCAGUUAUACACUGGGUAUAGUUAUUCACAUGGGGCUAUGCCAGACAUUCCACGUAUAGCUACUUUGUACUGUUAGAUAUAUUAAACCAUGGUUCUGCUUCAAGUAUUUUGUAAAUGCUUUUACUUGCUUACAUUGUUAUAAAAAAAAGUACCAGUUGCUUGUUAUAUUAUUGUAAUGGAUAAACUUAUAUAAUUCUGUUUUGUUAUUUUUGUGCAGUUUUGCUCAAAUUACUGUGUUCAUGAUAAUGUGCUGUUAUUUUGUGUUACAUGUAUAUAUUUUUGUUAACAAAACAAGGUUUCCACAGAAGAAUCACAGAAAUUCAGGCCUUCUUGAGGCAUUGUUGAAAGUUGUUAGCUUUUGUUCAAUUUCUAAACACAUUUAAUUUAUAUUAAAAAAAGAAUGCUAAUGCCGCUCGUGAAAAGAAGGAGGAUAUGUCUGUCUCUUGAAAACAGUUAUGACAUUUAUUUUUAUAAUUUUUAUUUUAAUGAGGCCAGUACAUAGUUUUUAGAGCUUCUCAGAUAAGUGUUCACUGCGACCUUCAAAACCUUGCACCAGAGUAACGACACAACUGACAGUAUAAAUUGCUGCAGAAGGUUCACUCUAAGUGAAAGUAACGACUGCUUCCUUUAAAUCAUGAACAGGCUCAAUAGUAAACACCAUAUAGCUGUUUGUCAGUAUUUCAGUUCUCCAUUGGUUUCUAUGAACAUAACGUCUCCACUUUCAGCUAGUACUGUGAAGGCAUCUGCAAGUCUUCCCAUCAUAAAAUCAAGGCUGUGGUUACAAAUUUUAUAAAGAUUUAACCAUCUAGUGCAAGUGGAGAAACCUGUCCUUGAUGUUCCUUGGUUUGUCCUCUUCCAGAAUUGUUCAGAUAGUUCCCAUUUGUUUGCACGUAAGGACAGCUAGAACUAAUAACAGAAAAAUCUCCCAAACCAGUUGUCUGAUUAUAGUAAUAUUGAAAUAAUUUCACACAAUUGUUUCUAGGGUGACCCGCUACAAAGAGUAGUGAGAUCCUGCUGAAAACUUGGCUACAAAUUGUGUUCUCCCUGUAUGUUUCUAUACGAAACUUGAACAAAUUCUCGUCAUAAACUACUUGCUAAGUUUUAAGGUAACAGGUAACUAUUUCUCAAACAAUCUUCGAGUGACCAGUCACCAAUAUUGUUCAAACUAUUCCAGUUGGUCAAAAAAUAUUGCCACCAGAACUUUAGACACUACAGAUACACAUAACUUCAAGUUAAUAGUCCUUUGAUGACAUUAAAAAUCUCGAGGCUUUAAACUGCUGGCCAGAUUUUGAAAUCGUUUUACAUGGACCAUUCACUAAGAAAGUUCAAAUUAUUUUUAUGCUUGAAUAUAUAUGGCUGCCAGAGCAGGGGAAAAAAGAAAAUCUUCAAACAUGUCACAGAUGUCCUAAAUUUAAAAUAAAUUUUCCAUUAGUGACAUUUAUAUUGUUCCAAUUUGUCAAACCAUCUCUUUCUAGACCACCGGUCCAGUUACGAAAUAAUUUUACAGAAAUAUUCUUAUGUGAGCCUCAACUAAAAUUGUUAAAUGUUUUUACUUUUACAUACCUUAGCAAGUUUGCUCAAGAAUUUAGCAGCGACCAAAAUGUGUUCAUGGCUUCACACGAAUCAGUAUGUGUUAUUGUGUGACUGUUACAUGAAAUGUUGUUUUACUUGGUUCUUAUAUAUACACUCCUUACGAUGUAGUAGAGGUUGAAUCUCUGUAUUGAAGAUAAUGCAUGGAAGGCUUCCCAUAUAUACUGAUACAGGAAAUGUUACGUAUUGUUUUACAAUAGCAUUCAAGACAUCUUUGUUACUGUGAAUUAUGUUAAAAAUGUAAUGAAAUCUGUAAUUGGAAAUGCAUCAAAAAAAAUUUAGGUUAACAA